UUCUGACUAGACUGAUCAGCUGUCAUCCGUGCACCACAUAGCAAGGAUGGCACUAAGCGGCUCUUAUUCUUUAGUUGAAUAUUUUGGUGGAGAUGAUGGCUACCGCUGCGGAUACUGUAAAAACGAAAAGGGAAACUUUUCUCAUGGAAUGUGGUCUCAUAAUAUGACUGUACAAGACUAUCAAGAUUUAAUUGAUCGGGGAUGGAGAAGAAGUGGGAAAUAUGUUUAUAAGCCCAUAAUGAAGAAGACAUGCUGUCCACAGUAUACUAUCAGAUGUCAUGCACUGAAAUUCCAGCCUUCUAAAUCUCACAAGAAAAUCCUGAAGAAAAUGAGCAAAUUUAUUUCCAAUGGGGAGUUGCCAGCAGCUCCGGACGAGGGAGAGCCGAUGGACUCUGCUUCCGGGGAGGCUGGUCCACCUGAACCCACUAAAGUCUGUCAAUCAGACUUGAAACAUAUUGCUGCCACGGAUAGUGAAAAGAAUGUACCAAAAUCUCCCAUUGUUACAGAAGUUAAGAAAAACUUGGUGGAUUCUUCAGCUGCAAGCUCAGAAAAUUCACAGAACGACUCGGCUUCUGUCUCAGGUUGUGAUACCGCUGCCAAAGCUCCUAAACCAGGGAUGGGAGCUGAUCCUAGCCGGCCGCCCUGCAGAAAGGCCAAAGAUUUAAGAAAGGAGCGGCGUCUUCAGAAAGACCAGAUCAGACAACAAGGCGAUGGAGUCUCAUCUACUAAUGCAGCCAGUGCCAACCAACCCAAAACAUUGGAGGAUUUCAUGAGCGAGUCUUUAGGGGAGAGCUCCUCUCACCGCCUCGAGGUGAGGCUAGUGCGCUCCAAUCCCCCUAGCCCGCAGUUCAAAGCCUCUUUCGACGCCUCCUACCAGGUGUACAAACUCUACCAGAUCGUCAUUCACAAGGAUCCUCCUGAAAAACCCUCCGAGAGCCAGUUCCGGAGAUUUCUUUGUGAUUCACCACUAGAGGCAGAACAGUCUCCCGAUGGACCAGAGAUGGGAUACGGUUCCUUCCACCAGCAGUACUGGCUGGAUGGACGCCUUGUGGCAGUGGGAGUGAUUGAUAUCUUGCCUACCUGUGUGUCUUCAGUCUAUCUGUACUACCAUCCAGACUUUGCAUCGCUUUCUCUAGGGUCAUACUCUGCUCUCAGGGAGAUUGCUUUUACCAGGCAGUUGCAGAAGCAGUCGUCCAAGCUGUGCUACUACUACCUAGGCUUUUACAUUCACUCCUGCCCCAAGAUGCGUUAUAAGGGACAGUACCGACCUGCUGACCUCCUCUGCCCAGAAACCUACAUUUGGGUGUCAAUAGACCGAUGCACACCUCUGCUGGAUAGCUCCCGCUAUGCUCGGUUAAAUCAGGAUCCAAAUGCAGGAGACGCACGAGCGGUGAAGGAUGUGGGCAGAGCUCUGGUGCUGAACAGGCGGACCGUCAUGCCUUACGCCAUCUACAGCCGUAAACGUAAGGGGCCCAGCGACCAGGCAGAGGUGCAGCAGUACGCCAGCCUGGUCGGUCAGGACUGCGCAGAAAGGAUUUUACUCUAUCGCUCCUGAACACGAAGCUUCGCACAACUGCCUCCUAUUAACCUGCAUACAAACUCAUCGCCCAAAAAUAUCCCCUCUUUGUCUCUAAAAGUGCUCUGUGCGGCAGCCUCACUAUGCGGACUUUAAUUCAUGCAACAAACAUGCACCAUCUAUGUACCUGCAUAGUAGGUGUACUGGUACCCAAAUAUGCAUUGAGUUGCAUCUCAAUUAAACAAAACUUUGAAAAGCUAAUUCCUUUCAGUAACUUAACAGUGAGGAUUUUCUCCAAAAGUGAUUAUUUCAGAGGUUAAUUUCAGCUAAUUUUGAUGAUUAUGGCCUAAAAUACAAAUUAAUUUA